GGCGAUGUCUCAGUCUGUGGAGGCGUGAUGUGUGAACACGACUCUGGCUGUCCAGGAGCCCAGAAAUGUUGUUCCGGCUGUGGAAAUAUGUGCACUAGCCCACUCUGUGGAAAUAGCGUGUGUUCUGUGGGUGAAACUUGUGUGAACAAACACAGACCUUGUCCUCCACGAUUCAUGUGCCUACAAGUUUUAAUGCCAUCUUGUGUCCCUGAUGGAUGUGUCAAGUGUGCCUACAAUGAGGACUGCAAUAAAACAGAUUCUGGAUACGAGUGCAUGCCUUAUCAACAACUGGAUCAGUGUGGAGGGUGUACUGAUGGAAAGGUCUGUAUAAACACGGGGAUAGUGUGUGUAAAAGCACCAUGCCCGACCUACCAGUGUGUUACUCCUAAUGAAUGCGGUGGAUGCCCCAACGGACAGGUGUGUAAAAGUACUGCAACCAAAUGUGACCAAGAACCAUGUGCUCAAUCAUACCAGUGUGUCCAAGCUGAUGAAUGUGGUGGGUGUCCCGACGGACAGGUUUGUAAAGAUACAGGAAUCACGUGUAACACAACAGAAUGUCAACGUUUUAAAUGCCUUCCAGAUAACGAAAUUUGUCCUUUAAGAUGCCCUGAUAACUACGUUUGUGAAAUCCAGCAAAACACGUGUACUCUAGUUGGAAGGAUUAUGUGUAUACCUAUUGAGGUACCAACAUGUGUACCGAUUAAACCACAGUUUGGAAGCUGUCCCCGGGUAACCUGGCGACUGCCACCCCAGUCAUUGUACUGUAAAAUCGAGCAACUAUUUUUCUCUUGUCAGGAUGAUAGUGAUUGUCACGGAACUAGGACAAGAUGUUGCUCGUCAGUCUGCGGCAGUAAAAAAUGUACCUAUGCGAACAGGCGAGCAAUAAAUAAAUACACUACGGACUAA